UCAGCUGCACAGGCUGGUUUUAUUCAUGACACAGGUCUCGUUCCCUCACACCUCUGUUAUCACCGCAAGCACAAAUCGUAUUGUAAGAGCUUUUUUCUUUGAUGUAUUGUCAUUGGUAAUCCCCACACGGCUCCAGAGGGCGACACAGAAGGUGCUUCACAGGCUCUUCCACACACGAAGCCAUUUGUUCGCUGUCCUGCACGUAGCCUUGCAGGCGGCAGUCUAUGCUGAAUACACGUGGGAAGUGUUUGCUUACUGCUGGGAGCUGGAGUUCCACCUCCUCCUUCUGCUCCUGCCCUACCUGCUGCUGGCUGGGAACAUCGGCUGCUUCGUUCUCUGCUCCCGUGCCGAUCCCGGUAUAAUAACAAAAUCAAAUCAUGCAUCGCUGAGGAAGAUUUAUGCAUAUGACGGUGCGUUAUUUCAGAAAGGCAUCCUGUGCCCUACGUGCGACGUGGAGAAGCCAGCCAGAUCCAAACACUGCCGUUUUUGCAAUAUCUGCGUACACCGUUUUGACCACCACUGUGUGUGGGUCAACAACUGCAUUGGUGCCUUCAACGCAAGGUAUUUCUUCUUCUACCUCUUCACGCUGACCGUUACGGCUGCAGCCAUCGCGAUCAUCACAGUAGCGUUUCUCAUCCAAGUGGUGCUGCUGUCAAAUAUGAUGCACGGGAGUUACAUUGAUGACCAAGGACAAGAGCAGGCUGUUGAGAUUCUCUUUCUCAUUCAGCACCUUUUCUUGACUUUUCCCAGGAUUGUCUUCAUGCUUGGGUUUGUUACUCUUCUCACACUUCUGCUGGGUGCGUACUGCUGUUUCAAUCUAUACCUGGCCUUAACCAACCAAACUUCCAAUGAGUGGCAUAAAUCCAGAAGAUCUGGGUGUUCCCACCAUGAAACAUUGCAGCCUUGUGACAGACGAGUUGUUUACAAAAAUAUUUAUUCUAAAGGAGUCUGGAUGAACUUAAAGGAAAUCUUUAAGCCUCCCACAGUGCUGGAAAAAGAGAAGAAAACAUGAAACUACUACCCCUUUGAUUAGGCUUUUCUUUUUUAUUUUUAUUUUGUUUUUAACUUUUUCUAAGACUCUGAUUCAGCAGCGUGUUUUGAUAUCACAGGCAACUUUUGUAAAAAAAAAAAAAAAAGGUUAUUGUAUUU